GUUUGAAGUACACCAGGCAUUGGCUAUUGUAGAACACCGCCAUUACUUUAGUUGUGUCGAGUUGGUAGUUUAUUUUCUUCGUUAUUGCCACAAAUACUUCUCCAAAUAAGAUGGGAACUCGUGUUUUUGUUGGUGGUCUCACAUACAGGGUGAGAGAACGGGACAUUGAGAAGUUUUUUAGAAAAUAUGGACGUAUUAAGGAAGUUGCGAUGAAGAACGGAUUUGCGUUUGUGGAAUUUGAUGACUAUAGAGAUGCAGAUGAUGCUGUUUAUGAGUUAAAUGGCAAGGAGCUGCUUGGGGAGCGAGUUUCUGUUGAGAGGGCCCGCGGUACUCCCAGAGGUUGUGAUCAAUGGCGUGGUAGCGGUGGACGUGGAUACGGCCCCCCGAGAGGACGUAGUAGGGAUAACCGUGAACCUGACAUGCGGUCACAUGAUAGGUAUGGUCCACCAACUAGAACAGAGUAUCGACUGAUUGUGGAAAAUUUGUCAAGCAGAGUGAGCUGGCAGGACCUUAAAGAUUACAUGCGUCAAGCUGGUGAAGUUACUUACGCAGACGCUCAUAAGCAACGGAGGAAUGAAGGAGUGGUUGAGUUUGCUUCCUAUUCCGAUAUGAAGAAUGCAAUUGAUAAGUUGGACGACACUGAAUUGAAUGGUCGUCGAAUUCGCUUGGUUGAAGAUAGACGUCGCGGUAGUAGAAGAUCAAGAUCAUCUAGUAGUCGCAGCCGUUCUCGUUCCAGAUCUCCACGACGCCGUUCUCGUUCUAGGUCUAGAAGCCGUUCACAUCGUUCAAGUCGUUCGAAAUCAAGGGAUCGUUCAAAGAGCAAAUCAGCUGCACAUUCAAAAUCGCGUUCUCGUUCUAAGUCAAAAGAAGCUUCAAAAUCCAGAUCGCGAUCGAGGUCUCACAGUAAGAGAUCUAAGUCUAGGUCGUGUUCAAAAGAGAACGGGGCUAAGAAUAGAUCACGUUCUAGGUCUAUGAGUAAGGAAGGAAGCAAAUCUAGGAGUCAGUCGCCAACCAAAGAAAACUCGCCUGAAAAACAUGAUUAAUAUAUAGCUGUUUUUUGAAGUGUCAUUUUUGCCGGCCUUGGAUUUAAAAUUUCCUAUUUUGUAGCGCGGCAAAUCUGAUUAUAGGAUUAUAGCUAACUAGUUUUAAGAUAUAAUUUUGAUAAUAAUUGUCUCAGUCUUUGACGUUAAGUUGAUUUAGCAUGGACCAGAGGUUUUGCUAAUAGAAGGCUGGUUUUGGGUCCAGUUAGUCAGCAUAUUCUAUAAUUACCGAAAUCAGCUGAUGUAAACAUAAUGUUUGCAUAUAAAUGUCUGAUGUGUUUUGUAAUAUAAAAAGAAAUGUUUAAAAUGUAAUCUAACUGAUUUAUAUAACCUUAUUUUUAGUAGGAUCAUGGCUGUAGAAGUAUGUCUAAAAAAAUCUUAUCAUGUUAUUUAUGCCACAAAAAUCUUUUUAGUGUCUCAUUAAUAGGCCUAAGGGACACAACUUUCUAAUUAAAUUGUGGCAUAAAUAUCAGUUUAAUUGCGUACACGCGUACACACUAGAAUUUUUUACAUUUAUUUUUUUAUAGUAUAUCGUGGUUUUAGUGAUUACUUUAAGUCAAAUUUACUCUUAUAUCCUAAAACACUACAUCACAUGGGUAAUGUAGGGUAAAAACGCUAGAGACUUGUCCAGUUCUAUAUUUUUUUAUGUUUUUAGCUUUGUGGUGUAGUGUUUGUUGACAUUUGGAUUGUUAAUUUUUUGUCUUUAUUUUUUUUUAAUUUUGUUUCAUUGUUAGUGUCAACACUAUAUGUAAUUGUAAUCAAUAAUUUAAUAAAUAGAACGUAACUUCAGUA